AUGCCUACCUCAUCCCUAGUAUGGAGCGUAGGGUCGCUCGCUCUAUCAUCGAUGAUCUUGCCCGCCGCGGCCAGCGGUUAUCAACUUGUGGAAACCUGGAAGGGCGAGGAUUUCCUGACGGCUUUCGAUUUCUACACAGGUGCUGACCCCACGAAUGGAUUCGUCACGUAUGCGAAUCAAAGCUAUGCCGAGAGCAAGGGGCUGGUCAAGGUCAACUCGAACGGUACCUUCUACAUGGGUGUCGACCAUACCACGAAGCUGAGCACCAACGGUCCUGGCCGGGAGUCGGUCCGCAUUGGGAGCAACAAAUAUUAUGACGAAGGUCUGUUCAUCAUCGACCUCGAGCACAUGCCCGGAAGUGUCUGCGGUACCUGGCCCGCCUUUUGGUCCACAGGCAAAGACUGGCCUACGGAUGGUGAGAUCGAUAUCAUUGAAGGUGUCAAUAAGAACGAAGCCAACGAGAUCGUCCUGCAUACGAGCGGUACUUGCCAAAUUUCCAGCCAGAAGAUGACCGGCACACUUUCCUCCACGGAGUGUGGUGAAGACUCUGGUACCACUGGAUGUGUUGUUGAGGGCACCCAAGGCUCUUCUGGAACCCCGUUCAACGAGAACGGUGGCGGUGUCUACGCUAUGCAGUGGACAGAGGAAUUCCUCAAGUUCUGGUUUUUCCCCCGUGGUUCGAUCCCCACCUCUAUCACCAAAGGCGACCCCGAUGUCACUGCUUUCGGCACUCCGAUGGCUCACAUGCAGGGCUCGUGCAGCAUCGCCGAACACUUCAAAGCCCAGCAGUUCAUCUUCGACACUACUUUUUGUGGUGACUGGGCUGGCGGCGUUUACAGCACCUCUGGCUGUCCUGUGAGCGAUAGCAGCAGUUCCUUCAAGAGCUGCGUUGCUUAUGUCGCCGAGAACCCAGCGGCUUUCGCCGAGUCCUACUGGGAGAUUAACUACAUCAAGAUUUAC